AUGACCUCACUGGGCCAGAGGGAACGCGAAUACUGUGUAGCUAUUGCGGUGGCAAAGGCGGGCGGUGCGGAGCGGCGACGGCGAGCUCAGGUGGCCAAACGUAGGAGGAAAGCAGAUCAACAACAACACCAACCAGCUCAGCUCCAGAAGCCGAUCGUGGCAGCGGUGGUGGAUAACGGACUGCCAAAACCAACGCAAAUUGUGUUUGAUGAGGACUAG